UGUACCUUAUCCUCUGGCAACCCAAAGGGCCCUAUCUAUCACGUGAUUCAGCAGCUUCCUAGCAGCUUCGAUCACGUGUGUAUACCUUCCUAUUUCGGUCUACCCCCAAACGACCAGUGAGUGACGCGAUCCCAACCGCCCGCAUUCGUCUUAGAGCUCUUGCAGCUAAGGUCCCUGCAGCAGAAGCUCCUAGUACUACUAAUCUUAGAGCUCAGCCUCUCCUGUCUUUGUUGAAUAGCACUUACAUGCUACAUUGUCGGUUCCCUUCCCAAUUGCAGUUAUUUUCCUCGCAUUGUUUGGACCAUGCCUUUGAAUCUAGCUCGCCGUGGAGGAGGCCUCCUCCGGAGCCUGCAUCUUAGCGAUGCGUUCUCUCGUCCUAUCCGUGUAGCUGUUGCCCAGAGCCAUGUGAGACGCAUUUCUUUGAUUACGCGCGGUCAGACUUUACGCCCAAUUUCCAGGGUACUUCCGUCGACCAGCGUGUUCUCGCAACGCCUACUUAAGACCUAUGCGACCACAAGUGAUACCAAGAGCGAGAAGACAAAGGCGACCAAAUCCACCAAGGGCGGGACCAAGAAAACCAAAAAAGCCAAGAAGAGCUCGACAACGAAGCCCAAACCCAAGCCAAGAAAGCAAUUGACUGAGAAGCAAAAGGAAGCCAAGAAGGCACGGGAAUUCAGGGAUCAGAUUAAGGCCCUCAAGGCUACUGCGCUGGAAGCACCAAAGAAACUUCCGGAGCGUGUGUCUAACUUGAUUAUUAUCGAAAAGCUUCAAGAAACGAAGAAGACUCACAAGACCCCGCAAGAGGCGUUCAAAGCUGCUAGUGAGCUCACCAAGACAAUCAGUGAGGAAGAGCGAGAGCGCCUCACCGCAGUUGCAGAGUCCAACAGAAACUCUAAUGAGUCUACAUACAACCAAUGGAUCAAAUCCCACACGCCACUUCAGAUCAAAGAAGCGAAUCUCGCACGAAACAAAUUGACAAGGCUCACGAGCAAGAGGUAUUCCCUUCUUCGGGAUGAGCGAUUGGUUAAGCGUCCUUCCUCUUCCUAUGUCUUCUUCUACCUUGAACGCACUGGUCAGGGCGACUUCAAACACAUGGCCGUCAAGGACAUUAGUGCACGGGUCGCAGAGGAAUGGAAUGGCUUGACGGACACGGAGAAAGAGAAAUACCACAAACUCCAACUCGCCGAUACAGAACGUUAUCUCCGCGAGUAUCAAGAGGUAUACGGCGAGGAGCCGCCAAAGGUUCGAAAGUCCUCCGAGUAAAAGUUUAUAUAAGUAAAGCUUGUAAGCUUUUGCUUUGGUUCAAGGAACAACGGUGACUUUGAGUCUGGAUGAGCCACUGAAGAUGGUCGAUUUUUCCUACAAAUGACAAGUAUUUUUCCUACCAUCAUCCUUCUUUCGUCUGUUUGCGUCUCAGGUGUUCAAGGGUUUAUCUCGAUCAAUUGGUUGCUUGUAUUCUAAAUACGCUGU